AUGGAUCGAUCAAACGAUGUCCGGGGCCUCGAGCGUAGAAAGGGCUGUGACUUUUGUCUUGAGAAAAAGUACAAGUGUGAUACAAGGAAGCCCAAAUGUUCCAACUGUGUAUUUCACAUGGUCUCAUGUGUAUGGACACCAAGCAUACUCUCCGUUCGAGAAGUAUCAAGUGAUAGGGUCACUGGCAUUGAACGUCGCCUCAAGGCUCUUGAAGAGCAAAUACGACGAACCACACCGGUCGACCCCAUCGCCGCUGGUAGCACUCAACUUAUCAAGGUAGAACCCUAUGAAGAAGUUAUAACUUCCAAUCGAGCAGAUCCCUUCACUCUACCGCCCUACGAACAAGUGAAGGCUUAUGUUGACGACUACUUUGGCAUAUUCAACACAGGCAUGCCAUUGUUUGACGAGUUCGAAUUCAAACUGAUGGUCGAGAGGUGGUACAAUAUGCCUGAAGAACGCACACACGAUAACUGGGCCGCUAUCAAUGUUGUUAUUGCAUUAGCUAUCCGAUAUACCUUUUGGGAAAGGACCCAAGACUAUUGCAAAGGAACGGAAUUCUCCUGCAUUGCAAAUGUCCAGUCGGCCGUAUCUAAGUUCGUUUGUCAAAAGCCGCUCUUCCUAAAUCUCCGGACCACCCUCGGUUUGAUUCUGGUUCUCAUGGCUGGCCCAGUCCCCCGAUCCGCCAGUCACUUGAUGGGUUUGGCUGUGAAGAUGGUUCAUGGAAUGACGCUCCAUAUUCCAUUGCCGCACAGUUUUCCUUCCGUAGAGCGUCACAACAGGGAACGACUCUUCUGGAUCGCCUAUAUUAUUGAUCGUGAUUUAUCUCUGAUCGCAUCCGAGCCGUAUCUUCUCCAAGACCAUGAUAUAGGCUACGAUCUUAAAGAAAUGACUUGCAGCCUGGGUGGAGGAAACGUCCAAACGUACUUGAAUUUGGAAAGAGAAAUACUCCAGCCAAGAGCAGAGCUAGCCAAGAUUCAGGGCAAAUUGUACGACCUAGUGAACUCUGUUAGGGCCUCGAAAUUUUCUUAUAGCCAGAAAGUAGCGGCGCAAGAGCGUCUUUACCGAACGCUUGACGAGUGGCACAAAGGCUUGGAAGAGCCUGAUUUUAAGCCUGACCUACUAGGCGAGAUACCAGUCGGGAUUGAGAGGAAAUCUUGUCAGCUGCAUGAAACCUUGUUGCAUCUUGCGUACUAUCGCUGUCUUUACUCUGUUGCGUGUCUCAGUGUUCGCAAUGUGCGUUGGCUACAGCAACUGAAAGAAUUCAGUGACAAGUUCAUUCAUGGGAAGGAUACACGCAUCUUGACUUCGGCCUCGCCAUUACUGCCAUUAAACUGGCGGCAUUUGGCAGACUCCGCUCGAUGGUGCAACGAACUUGUGCUGAAUCAAACAACAAUAUACAAUCCAGCCUUGAGAUGGAUUUCCGCUCCUGUAAGCGAGUCUACUGCGACUAUCCUGGCGGCUCAUCUCAUCGCCCUCCCGGAACGCGACUUAGACGAAACUCUUCCCUGCAGCGGCGAGCCUGAGUAUCAGGAGAUCGAAAAUGAUGAAUCUAGGAUGGAGGACGCCCGAAGUCAUUACCGUCAGUCGUUAUAUGGGGCUGAAGACUGUGAGGUUUUGGCAAAUCUCGCGCUUAGAAGAAUGGAAGAACUACCGAUCACACCUUCAGGUAUAUUCAUGCAACAAGACUUCAUCACACCUGAGCAUGAACAACAGCUUGCGCAUAUCUUUGAGAAUGAACUAGAAUGGCCAACUCGUCCAGGACGACUGUCACUACACUAUGGCUAUACUUUCAGCUACAAGACGUUCGGAAUCGAUGAGGAAACACCUUUUAAGCCCUUUCCAGAUUGGCUAGUGCCUCUACUACCAACCACUGAAGGCCGUCCACCUGAUCAAGUCUGUCUUCAACAGUAUGCUCCGGGCACUGGAAUACCACCUCAUGUCGACACCCAUGGCCCGUUCGAUCAGCUUUACUCUUUAUCUCUUGGCUCGCCACUGAUGAUGCAGUUUGCCAAUAAAGAGACAGGAGAGAAGAUCGAGGUGGACUUAUUACCACGGAGUAUGAUGCAGAUGAGUGGCGACUCACGAUUACACUGGACCCAUGGCAUCAAAUCCCGCAAGACAGAUACUCUGCCUGAUGGUACUGUUAGACUACGACAGCUUCGGUGGAGUCUUACAUAUCGAUGGCUUCGACCUGGUGCAGAAUGCGAGUGCGGCAACGAGAAACUCUGCGACACGGCACAGCGACGAAAUGGAGUCGAGAGAGAAUACCGAUGGAAGCAGUACGAAGAAGACGCAAAGAAAACUGAAACGAAAGAGGCUGUGUAG